AUGAACAUGGAGUCUGGAAAACCCGAACUAGCUGUUGAAAGAUCAGAAAUGGUUCAUCCGAAUUACCCACAAUUCACGGCACCAAGGCCACUUCCUACUUCUGCGGGAUCAUUACCUGUUGGAGCCAUUGCAACCACAUUGACGACGUUUUCGAUGAGUCUAAUGGAAUGGAGGGGUGUUACCAUAACAAACGUGUACAUCGCAAACUUCUUCUUCCUUGCCGCUUUCGGCCUUUUUGUUUCUGCUCAAUGGGAGCUCACAGCGGGAAAUGGCUUUGCUUACAGCGUCUACGGGGCUUUCGGUCUAUUCUUUGCGGGUUAUGGCGCAAUCCUUACGCCCUCAUUCGGAGUCGUUGCUGCCUACGGUGAUGAUACCAAACAGCUUGAUAAUGCUCUUGGUUUUUUCUUGAUCAUUUGGUCCAUCUUUGUUCUCGCAUAUCUUGUUGCUUCGCUUCCAACGGACGUCGUCCACAUCCUCAUUUUUGUCUUCCUUGAGUUAACCUUCGUCCUCGUGGCUGCCAGCUAUUUUGCCGCUGCCGAUGGUCAUACGAGCACUUCUGUUAGCUUGAAGAAAUCGGGAGGGGUGUUUGCCUUUCUUACCGGUCUUGUUACAUGGUAUUUAACAUUUGCACUCUUGUUGAAGGAUUCCUUGGUGGAACUUCCACUCGGAGAUACAUCCAAGUACUUUCCCAAGACCAGAAAGAAGGUUGAGUGA